AUGUCUUCUGCGAAAGUUUACGUCGGAAACCUUUCCUGGAACACCAAUGAUGAGUCUCUCCGUCAGACUUUCUCGGAGUUUGGCAACGUUUUGGACGCUAUCGUCAUGAAAGACCGCGAGACCGGCCGCAGCAGGGGAUUUGGCUUCGUCACCUUUUCCGCUCAAACGGAAGCUGAUGCUGCCAUUGGAGGACUCAACGAGCAGGAGCUCGAUGGUCGCCGUAUUAGGGUCAACUUGGCCAACGCUAGACCCGCCGGCGGAUCCCGUAACUACGGUGGUGGCAAUGGCUACGGCGGUGGCUACGGUGGUGGCUACAGCCAGGGUGGCUACCAGGGUGGUGGCUACCAGGGUGGUAACUACGGCCAGGGCGACUACUAA